GAGAGAAACCAGGAGAAGUCUUCCGUCUGUCCGAGCCGGAUAGUACGAAGCUUUACCUGACAAGUUGAAGCUUGCUGAUUGGUCCCCUGACUUCAGCCUGGCGGAGUUCGUGCCAUCGUGGGGUGCCACAGUAAUUUCCGGAUCGCCUUCAACGUGAACAUGAUCGGCACCAAGGAGCAGGCGCACCGCAUCGCGCUGGACCUACAGGAGCAGGGCUGCGUGGAAAAAAAACACAGCCUGGGCAUCUGCAGAAGGUGCAGGGGAUGGGCUGAGGACGAGUCCAACAUGGCCCAGGUGUCCACCAACAUCCCCCCUCCACACAGUGCACCAGGAGAUCUGCAGCGUCGCACAGGAUCUGAAGCUGCCGGUUGUGGGCUCUCUGAUCGUGGGUCUGAUUCCUCUGAAACCCGUCGUAGACUCGGCCGACUUCUUCAUCCAGACAGAUGGGCUCUUCAUUCUGGAAGAGGAGCACAAAGUCCGCCUGGUUGUGUCGCAGUUAGUUUCCGCCAUCUGAAGCUCCAGCUGAAGGGACAAAAGAUGAAGACGCCUAAAGAAGUCAUCUUGGGAAUUUUAGACGACUUGGUAGCUGAGGACUUUGAAAAAUUCAAGUGGCACCUGCAGGGAGUCCUUGAAGACUUCCCAGCAAUCCCAAAGAGUAAACUGGAGAAUGUAAACAGGGUGAAGACAGUGGACCUGAUGUUCUCGGCCUACUGUAUAAACACUAUUAAAGUGACCAGAAUAGUUUUAGUGAAGAUUUAUCAAAAUGAGCUAGUGAAGAAUUUAUCAAACAUCAUCUAUGAACCUACAGAGAUUCUUGCUGCGUGCCAGCGAAAAGUCAAAUCCAACUUACAUCAGACAUUCCAGCGUGUGUCUGAGGGGAUUGCUAAAUCAGGAAACAAGACCGUUCUGAAUCAGAUGUUCACAGAGAUCCACAUCACAGAGGGAGGGGUCAAUGAUGAACAUGAGGUCACACAGAUUGAAACAGCAUCCUGGAAACCAGACACACCAGAACCAACAAUCAGACAAGACGACAUCUUUAAAACUCCACCUGGAAGAGAUGAACCAAUCAGAACAGUGAUUACAAAGGGAGGGGCUGGCAUUGGGAAAACAGUCUUAACACAGAAGUUCACUCUGGACUGGGCUGAAGACAAAGCCAACCAGGACAUCCAUUUCAUUUUUCCUUUCACCUUCAGAGAGCUGAAUGUGCUGAAAGAGAAAAAGUACAGCUUGGUGGAACUUGUUCAUCAGUUCUUUAAUGAAAUCAGAAUAGCAGGAAUCUGCAGGUUUGAAGAGUUCCAGGUUGUGUUCAUCUUUGACGGUCUGGAUGAGUGUCGACUUCCUCUGGACUUCCUCAACACUGAGAUCGUGACUGAUGUUACAGAGUCCACCUCAGUGGGUGUGCUGCUGACAAACCUCAUCAGAGGGAAUCUGCUUCCCUCUGCUCGCCUCUGGAUAACCACACGACCUGCAGCAGCCAAUCAGAUCCCUCCUAAUUGUGUUGACAUGGUGACAGAGGUCAGAGGGUUCACUGACCCACAAAAGGAGGAGUACUUCAGGAGGAGAUUCAGAGAUGAGGAGCAGGCCAGAAGAAUCAUCUCCCAUGUCAAGAGAUCACGAAGCCUCCAUAUCAUGUGCCACGUCCCAGUCUUCUGCUGGAUCACUGCUACAGUUCUGGAGGACGUGUUGAAGACGAGAGAGGGAGGAGAGCUGGCCAAGACCUUGACUGAGAUGUACAUCUACUUCCUGAUGGUUCAGUCCGAAGUGAAGAACAUCAAGUAUGCUGGAGGAGCUGAGGCAGAUUCACCCUGGAGUCCAGAGAACAGGAAGAUGAUCAAGUCUUUGGGAAAACUGGCUUUUGACGGGCUGCAGAAAGGCAAACUGAUCUUCUAUGAAUCAGACGUGACAGAAUGUGGCAUCGACAUCACAGCUGCCUCCGUGUACUCAGGCGUGUUCACACAGAUCUUUAAAGAGGAGAGAGGAGAGUCCCAGAACGUGUUCAGCUUUGUCCAUCUGAGUUUUCAGGAGUUUCUGGCUGCUCUUCAUGUACAUCUGACAUUCAUCAACUCUGGAGUCAACUUGCUGUCAGGAAAACAAACAUCCUCCCAAACAACCUCCCAGCUGCCUAAAGUCUUCAGAGAAAAACUAAAACAUCUCCACCAGAGUGCUGUAGACAAGGCCUUACAGAGUCCAAAUGGACACCUGGACUUGUUCCUCCGCUUCCUCCUGGGUCUUUCUCUAGAGUCCAAUGAGAAACACCUACGAGGUCUGUUGACACAGACAGGAAGUAGCUCACAGACAAACAAGAAAACAGUCAAGUACAUCAAGAAGAAGAUCAGUGAGAAUCAGUCUGCAGAGAGAAGCAUCAAUCUGUUUCACUGUCUGAAUGAACUGAAUGAUCGAUCUCUAGUGCAGGAGAUCCAAAACUGCCUGAGAUCAGGACAUCUCUCCACAAAUAAACUGUCUCCUGCUCAGUGGUCAGCUGUGGUUUUCAUCUUACUCUCAUCAGAAGAAGAUCUGGACGUGUUUGACCUGAAGAAAUACUCUGCUUCAGAGGAGGCUCUUCUGAGGCUGCUGCCAGUGUUCAAAACUUCCAACAAAGCUCUCCUGAGUGGCUGUAACCUGUCAGAGAGAAGCUGUAAAGCUCUGUCCUCAAUUCUCAGCUCUGAGUCCUCUAGUCUGAGAGAGCUAGACCUGAGUAACAACAACCUGCAGGAUUCAGGAGUGAGGCUGAUCUCUGUUGGACUGAAGAGUCCAGACUGCACACUGGAAACUCUCAGACUGAGUGUCUGUAACCUGUCAAAGAGAAGCUGUGAAGCUUUGUCCUCAGUUCUCAGCUCCAAGUCCUCUAGUCUGAGAGAGCUGGACCUGAGUAACAACAACCUGAAGGAUUCAGGAGGGAAGCUGAUCUCUGUUGGACUGAAGAGUCCAGACUGCACACUGAAGACUCUCAGGCUGAGUGUCUGUAAGAUGUCAGAGAAAAGCUGUGAAGCUCUGUCUUCAGUUCUCAGCUCCAAGUCGUCUAGUCUGAGAGAGCUGGACCUAAGUAACAACAACCUGAAGGAUUCAGGAGGGAAGCGACUGGCGGCUGGACUUCAGAAUCUACACUGUAAACUGGAGACUCUCAGGUUGAGUGCCUGUAACCUGUCAGAGAAAAGCUGUAAAGUUCUGUCUUCAGUUUUCAGCUCCCAGUCCUCUAGCCUGAGAGAGAUGGACCUGAGUAACAACAACCUGCAGGAUUCAGGAGGGAAGCUGCUGUUGGCUGGACUUCAGAGUCAACACUGUAAACUGGAGACUCUCAGGCUGAGUGUCUGUAAUCUGUCAGAGAGAAGCUGUGAAGUUCUGUCCGCAGUUCUCAGCUCCCAGUCCUCUAGUCUGAGAGAGCUGGAUCUGAGUAACAACAACCUGCAGGAUUCAGGAGGAAAGCUGAUCUCUCUUGGACUGAAGAGUCCACACUGCACACUGGAUAUUCUCAGUCUGUCAGGCUGUCUGAUCUCAGAAGAAGGCUGUUCUUCUCUGGUCUCAGCUCUGAGCUCCAACCCCUCCCAUCUGAGAGAGCUGGACCUGAGCUACAAUCAUCCAGGAGACUCAGAAGUGAAGCUCCUGUCAGCAGGACUGAAGGAUCCUCUCUGGAAACUGGAAACUCUCAGGGUGGAGCCUGCUGGAGUCAGAUGGUUGACACCAGGUCUGAAGAAGUAUUCCUGUGAACUCACAUUUGACACAAACACAGUGAACAGACACCUAAAACUGUCUGAGAACAACAGGAAGGUGAAACAUGUGGAGGAGUAUCAGUCGUAUCCUAAAAAUCCAGAAAGGUUUGACUGUCCUCAGCUGCUGUGUAGAGAUGGUCUGACUGGUCGCUGUUACUGGGAGGUUGAGAGGAGAGGAGGGGUUUCUAUAGCAGUGGGUUACAGAGGAAUCAGCAGGAGAGGAGACAGUGGUGACUGUGUGUUUGGAUAUAAUGAUCAGUCCUGGAGUCUGAUCUGCUCUGGUGGUGGUUACUCUGUUAGUCACAAUAACAGAGAAACAUCCAUCUCCUCCUCUGUCUCUGAUAGAGUAGCAGUGUAUGUGGACUGUCCAGCUGGCUCUCUGUCCUUCUACACAGUCUCCUCUGACUCACUGAGCCACCUCUACACCUUCAACACCACAUUCACUGAACCUCUUUAUCCUGGGUUUGGGUUUGGGUAUAAGUCAUAUGGUUGCUCAGUGUCUCUGUGUCCUGUGUAGGACGGAGAGUCUCCUCCUUUCAGAGAACCAGACAAUUGGGUCUAAUCAGGACCAUCAGCUGAUGUUAGUGAGAAGAAUGUGGGUGUCACCAAUGAUUUCCUGAAUGGAUUAGAUUCUGCUCCAAACAGCUAAAUGACAUGUAAUGCUAUUCGUCAUUGUCUCCAAAAGCAGCAUUCAGCAACGACCUUGCUGCUUAUCUGACAGCUUUAGUUCCUUUUCACAUUCAGAUUAUUACAACUAAAUACAGUCAGAUAAUAAAUCAGAGAAUAAAUCACUAAACCUCUUUGAGGCUCUUUAUAUGAUAUUUUUAUUUCUUUUCAGAUUAUUAAAACUAAAUACAAUCAGAUCAUAAAUGAUGAUGUAUUAUUACAGAUUACUAGUUGCAACAUUAAAGUAAUCAGUCAUUAGAAACCAGUAAUAAUAUACUGAUUAUUCUGCAGAAUCACCACUUUUACUUUUGGUACCUUAAGUAUUUUUAUGCUGAUACUUUUGUACUUUUACUUAUUUCUACACUGUGGUAUCAGUACUUUAACUUGAGUACUUUGUGGUUUGUGUUUUAUUAUGAUAUAAUGUUUUUAUUUUGUUAUUAUAAUUCUAAGAGUCAGUCAGUUUUGUCGUCAGUUAACCUUCGUACAGAUCUGUUCCGCUCAUAUCCACGUUUGUUUUCUCCCCUGAGUGAUUCUGAUUGGCGGGCGGUAUUAAAAUGGAAAAAAGACUUUGCUGUUGGACGUUUUGGGGCAAAACCUGAAUGUUAAGUGCAUGUAAACGUAGUCAGUGACUCUUAAGCUGUUUUCCAACAGUCUCCUGAGUUCAUCUCUUCACGUACCGAUGCUGUUGCGUGGCUUUGUGCGUUGUCCGUAGGCCGCUGACUCUUCAUGCUCCGACGCCUCUUUCCACAUGAUAAUCCAACAGUUGUCUUUUCCUCGUGAGCAAUCCAAAUUUCCACAAAGUCCAUCAACAAGAAUCUCCACUUCAAGGGAGGGUUUUUUACUUGUGUAGUGGCGUUUUCUCCCCAGAUUGAACAAAACCAAACAAAAAACUUAAAGUCAAACAGCCACUGAGGCACCAAAGGAGUGAAUCUUAUGCAGGUCAGAAACGUUCAUUGUCCAGGCAAAUUUUUGCAUUUUGUGACGGCGUCACCGUUCUUAGUAGAUCCGGUAGAGCGUGGUGUGCGGAGAGAGAGAGAGGUGCGCUCAGAAAAGAUAGAACAUUUAGAGAACGUCAACCCCAUUAACAUUCCCUGAUGGGUUUCUUUAUGAAAGAUAUAGAUUUUAAGCGGAGGGAAUUAUGUUUCUUCGUCAGCUUCUUGAACCGUGUGUUGCCAAUGCGACAUAUCGAUGACACUAUGUUAACAAGAAUCUUGUGUGAUGGCUAGUUGACUUUUUAACAGAUAGAUCUCAGAUGUUGAGGGUAAAUGGUGUUUUAUCUUAUCUUUAACCACUUUUAUGUUACUUCUAAUGCAGCACGGUGGCUCAGUGGUUAGCACUUCUGCCUCACAGCAAAAAGGUUCUGGGUUUGAAUCCAGUUUGUUCCGGGCCUGUCUGUGUGGAGUUUGCAUGUUUUCCCCGUGUUUGCUUGGGUUUC